AAUCGCAGCCCCAUGAAAUUUCAACCUCUAGUUUUAUUCUUAGACUAGCAAAAGAAGCUGCCAUACUCAUCACAUACCUUCCUAAAAUGUCUUCAUCAAAAGGCAAGCUGAGCCGGGACGACUACCGCAAGCAAAAAGAGCUAGAGGCCGCACGCAAAGCCGGCACAGCGCCGCCGGAAACCGAUGCCUCAGGCAACAUGAUCAACCCGCAUAUCCCGCAAUUCAUGUCGCAGGCACCCUGGUAUCUCGACUCGGGCCAGCCGGGCCUGGCGCACCAGCGCAAGCAAGCAGAGGAGAAAAGUGACGCCUGGUAUGCACGUGGGCAGCGGACAGGCACGGGGGCUAAAAAGUACCGCAAGGGCGCGUGCGAGAACUGCGGCGCCAUGACGCACAAAACAAAGGCAUGCAUGGAGAGGCCACGGAAGCGCGGUGCCAAGUGGACGAACAAAGGUAUUAUGGCAGACGAGGUGGUGCAGGAUCUAAAGCUGUCGUACGAGGCCAAGCGCGACCGCUGGAACGGGUACGAUCCGGAGGAGCACAAAAAGACGAUUCGCGAGUGGGAGAUGGUGGAGGAGGCCAGGCGCAAGCGCAAGGCCGAGGCGCUGGAUAAGGGCGAGGAUGCUGAGGUAGAGAACCAGGGGGGAACACGCAAUCUGCGGAUUCGCGAGGACACAGCCAAGUACCUGCGCAACCUGGAUCCGGACUCGGCGUACUAUGAUCCGAAGACCCGGUCGAUGCGCGAGGACCCACAUGCUGGGCAGGCAGCGCAGAGCGCGUACAAGGGCGACAAUUUUGUGCGGUUCUCGGGCGAUGCGCUCAAGGUCGCGCAGAUGGAGGUGUUUGCGUGGGAGGCCAGCGAGCGUGGCAACGCCAGCGUGCAUUUCCAGGCCAACCCCACGCAGGCAGCCAUGGCCCACAGCGAGUUCCAGCACAAGAAGGGCGCGCGCAAGCAGAGCGCCCAGAGCGCUGUGCUGGACAAGUACGGCGGCGAGGAGCAUUUGGUGCGGCCACCGCGCUCGCUGCUUGAACAGGAGGAGCGGUUCGUCGAGUACUCUCGUGCCGGCCAGCCGGUGGUGCCCAGCCAGGAGGAGCAGAGCUCGCUAGGCGUGUCGCGGUACCGCGAGGACGUGCUCCCCGGUAAUCACCGCGCGGUGUUUGGGUCGUGGUGGAGCGACGGGCAGUGGGGGUACCGGUGCUGCCGGCAGACGAUGCGGAAUUCAUAUUGCACAGCCAAAAAAGAUUCGAAAUAAAGCGCUCUAU